CCAGGACAGAUGAGGAAGAAAUGAGCAGUGUCUUCUCUCCCAGUGUUUCCUCCACACAUGAAGUCAUGGACUGUGAAGGUAUGAAGGUGUGGCGACGUCUUCAUAUCAGACGCACACAGACACCAGGAUAGAUGCGGAAGAAAUGAGCAGCGUCUUCUCUCCCAGUGUUUCCUCCACACAUGAAGGUGGAAAGUGUCUGUAAGUCGACCUGAGAUGAGUUCAGCAGGUGUGGACUCUGCUAUGAAUCUGGGUGAGGACAGAGAGAAGGGAGUCCCUCCCUCUAAAACCACUCUGUGUGGGGAACAUGACAGCCAGACCAAAGCUCAGAGAUCAGACUCUCCUGAACCUGAACCUGAACCUGGACCCAGCUGUGUGUCUUUCAAGAGUGACCUGUCUAUGGAACGACCACUUACGUUCAAAGAUGGACGCCCCUCUAAUCAACAGGUCCAACAUGAGAGACCAGACUCUCCUGAACCCAGCUGUGUGUCCCUCAAGAGUGACUGGUCUAUGGAUCGACCUUUAGGGUUUAAAAAUGAAACGCAUUAUGAUAGUCCAAGGAUCCAACAGCAGACACCAGACUCUCCUGGACUUGGACCUGGACCCAGCUGUGUGUCCUUCAAGAGUGACUGGUCUAUGGAUCGACCUUUAGGGUUUAAAGAUGAAACGCAUUAUGAUAUUCCAAGAGUUCAGCAGCAGAGAUCAGAGGUUCGAAUUGGUCAGUCUGCCCAGCAGCGUCAAACACACCUGGACUCUGUCUUGAUGCUGCUGGAGGAGAACAUUAUCAGUUUUGUGAAGAACGAGCUGAAGAACAUCCAGAAAGUUCUGAGUCCAGAUUAUCCAGAAUGCUUAGAGAAUCAGAGUGAGGAUGAGGAGGUGUUGGACGGCAGCAGAGAGGCGUUUCUGAAGAUCACACUGAACUUCCUGAGGAGGAUGAAGCAGGAGGAGCUGGUCGACUGUCUGCAGAGCAGGACUGUUGCUGCAGUGUGCCGACGCAAACUCAAAUCAAACCUGCACAAGAAGUUCCAGUGUGUGUUUGAGGGGAUCGCUAAAGCAGGAAACCCAACCCUUCUGAAUCAGAUCUACACAGAGCUCUACAUCACAGAGGGAGGGACUGCAGAGGUCAAUGAUGAACAUGAGGUCAGACAGAUUGAAACAGCCUCCAGGAAAUCAGACAGACCAGAAACAACCAUCAGACAAGAAGACAUCUUUAAAGCCUCACCUGGAAGAGACAAACCAAUCAGAACAGUGAUGACAAAGGGAGUGGCUGGCAUUGGGAAAACAGUCUUAACACAGAAGUUCACUCUGGACUGGGCUGAAGACAAAGCCAACCAGGACAUACAGUUCACAUUUCCAUUCACUUUCAGAGAGCUGAAUGUGCUGAAAGAGAAAAAGUACAGUUUGGUGGAACUUGUUCAUCACUUCUUUACUGAAACCAAAGAAGCAGGAAUCUGCCGGUUUGAAGAGUUCCAGGUUGUGUUCAUCUUUGACGGUCUGGAUGAGUGUCGACUUCCUCUGGACUUCCACAACAAUGAGAUCCUGACUGAUGUUACAGAGUCCACUUCAAUGGAUGUGCUGCUGACAAACCUCAUCAGGGGGAAACUGCUUCCCUCUGCUCGCCUCUGGAUAACCACACGACCUGCAGCAGCCAAUCAGAUCCCUCCUGAGUGUGUUGACAUGGUUACAGAGAUCAGAGGGUUCUAUGAUCCACAGAAGGAGGAGUACUUCAGGAAGAGAUUCAGAGAUGAGGAACAGGCCAACAGAAUCAUCUCCCACAUCAAAACAUCACGAAGCCUCCACAUCAUGUGCCACAUCCCAGUCUUCUGCUGGAUCACUGCUACAGUUCUGGAGGAUGUGAUGAAGACCAGAGAGGAAGGAGAGCUUCCCAAGACCCUGACUGAGAUGUACAUCCACUUCCUGGUGGUUCAGAUCAAAGUGCAGUACAUCAAGUAUGAUGGAGGAGCUGAGACAGAUCCACACUGGAGUCCUGAGAGCAGGAAGAUGAUUAAAUCUCUGGGAAAACUGGCUUUUGAUCAGCUGCAAAAAGGCAACCUGAUCUUCUAUGAAUCAGACCUUACAGAGUGUGGCAUCGAUAUCAGAGCAGCCUCAGUGUACUCAGGAGUGUUCACACAGAUCUUUAAGGAGGAGAGAGGACUGUACCAGGACAAGGUGUUCUGCUUCGUCCAUCUGAGUGUUCAGGAGUUUCUGGCUGCUCUUCAUGUUCAUCUGACCUUCAUCAAUUCUGGAGUCAACCUGAUGGCAGAAGAACAAACAGGCACUUCCCGGCUGUCUAAAGUCUUCAGAGACAAACCUAAACUAUCGCAUCUCUGCCAGAAGGCUGUGGACAAGGCCUUACAGAGUCCAAAUGGACACCUGGACCUGUUCCUCCGCUUCCUCCUGGGUCUGUCACUGCAGACUAAUCAGAAACACCUACAAGGUCUACUGACACAGAAAGGAAGUAGUUCCCAGACAGACCAGAAAACAGUCCAGCACAUAAAGAAGAAGAUCAGUGAGAAUCUCUCUCCAGAGAGAAGCAUCAAUCUGUUCCACUGUCUGAAUGAACUGAAUGAUCGUUCUCUGGUGAAACAGAUCCAACAGUACCUGAGUUCAGGACGUCUCUCCACAGAUAAAUUGUCUCCAUCUCAGUGGUCAGCUCUGGUCUUCAUCUUACUGUCAUCAGAAAAAGAUCUGGACGUGUUUGACCUGAAGAAAUACUCUGCUUCAGAGGAGGCUCUUCUGAGGCUGCUGCCAGUGGUCAAAGCCUCCAACAAAGCUCUGCUGAGUGGCUGUAACCUGUCAGAGAGAAGCUGUGAAGCUCUGUCCUCAGUUCUCAGCUCCCACUCCUCCAGUCUGAGAGACCUGGACCUGAGUAACAACGAUCUACGGGAUUCAGGAGUGAAGCUGCUCUCCAUUGGACUGCAGAGUCCACACUGUGAACUGGAAUCUCUCAGACUGUCAGGAUGUCUGGUCACAGUCGUAGGCUGUGCCGCUCUGGCCUCAGCUCUGAGCUCCAACCCCUCCCAUCUGAGAGAGCUGGACCUGAGCUACAAUCAUCCAGGAGAGUCAGGAGCUCAGCUGCUCUCUGCUGGAUUGAAGAAUCCACACUGGAGACUGGACACUCUCAGGAUGGACUAUGGUGGAGAACAGAGACUGACACCUGGUUUGAGAAAGUAUUUCUGUGAACUCACACUGGACACAGACACAGUUGACAGAAACCUCAAACUGUCCGACAACAACAGGAAGGUGACGCUGGUGAAAGAGGAGCAGCUGUAUCCUGAUCAUCCAGACAGAUUCGACUACUGUCAGCUGCUGUGUAGAAAUGCUCUGACUGGUCGCUGUUACUGGGAGGUGGAGUGGAAAGGGAAAGUUCAUGUUGCAGUAACUUACAGAGAAACCAGAAGGAGUGCAGACAGUAGUGAAAGCUCAGUUGGAGGAAAUAAUCAGUCCUGGAGUCUGAAAUGCGCCAAGGAUUGUUACUCUGUUUGGCACAAUAAGAGAAACGCAUUCCCCCCUUCCCCUUCCUCCUCCUCCUCUGGUAGAGUAGCAGUGUAUGUGGACUGUCCUGCCGGCACUCUGUCCUUCUACAGAGUCUGCUCUGGCUCACUGAUCCACCUCCACACCUUCAACACUACCUUCACUGAGCCUCUUUAUGCUGGGUUCAGGUUUGGGUUUAAGUCUGAGGCGUUGCUUGGUUCCUCAGUGACUCUGUGUUCACUGUAGGAAGAAGAAUCUGUCCUGUGUAUGAAAACACACGAUACUGACUGAGGACAGCUGCUGAAAUCACUGUCCAUAGUGUGCAUUGUCACACACAAACAACUUACACUGAUAACAUUGGUAUAUCUACAGAAUCACUUAAGAUCAAUUUUUGUUGUACGCAAAAAUGUUUCUUUGUAAAACUGGUUGGAUAACAUGGUUUUAUCAUCACAACUCAGCUGUUGUGAUCUCAGUGUUGCCAGCAGUAGAACACACUAAUAGUAAAAUCCUAAAGGUGUGUUUAAACCUGAAUAUCAUGAAUAAAAAUUCAUGUCAAUAUGGCCACUGGGGUGUUUGUAGCCAAAGCUAAUAUUACAACUUAGAGAAUGAGAGAGGUGUGGACGAUUCCAGUCGCCGCUCUGUGACCUCAGCUAAAUUUGCACUAAUUUAGGCUCUGGAGUCCAUUUUUCAAGUGUUGGUGGAGCUUUUUGUGGUUGGUGUUGGACAGUGGGCGUGUGUGGCUGCAAGUUACUAAUCAGGAUGAGGACAUCAACUCACCAGGCUGUGAACUCUCUUCCUGCAGACUUCUAGCUCACUUUUUGGUUUUAAAACAUAAACAUCAGUAAACAUUGAAAAAGGAUGGAGAAGAAUGAGCACCAGUGGAACUAGCAUCCGGUGAGCCGUUGUACAGGUGUUACGAAAUAAACUGGAUGACCUCCAUCAGUUUCCAACAGGAUAUCAGGAACUGUAACAUUCUUUGAUUCACUGAAACAUGAUUAAUCCUAGACAGCACCAUUCAACUAGGUGACUCUCUUUUUAUCUGCCGAUCUGACAGAACAGAGGACUCUGGGAGAAAAGAAAUGGGAGGCAUGGCUUUGCGGUGAAUAAGGACUGGUGUGAUGGUGAGAAUGUGAGCUGCUGUCCUGUUCCUGCUGUGGGUCACUGCUGUACACCAUUCAGAGGCAGCUGCAGAGCGGCGUUGCCCAUGUUCAGAAGGAGCGACCAUAUGGCGGCCUUGGUGAGGUCAAGAUGUGCGAACAGUUAAAUCAUUCCACAACCAGAAACCAUGGAUCACCAGAACCAUCUAGAAAUGUGCGAUUAUAAAGCAGCAGCCAAAAAUCGAAGAAGACCAAAAAAAGGACUAAAUUACAGUGGAGGUCAAAGGAGCUGAUGGAUUACAUUUUGCUGCAGUUAUAUGUCGUAUAUUCCAUGUGAUAAUAAAUAACUGAUUGAUAUGAAGUGCUAACUUGGUUCAUGGUAAAGUACAACAUAUACCUGGAAUCAAGUAACAAGUACUUAUUUUUAAAACUUACCAUGUAGUCAUGACUUUGCUUUGCAUCAAGCCCUCUCCUUCUUCGUUCUGUCUCUGUACAGGACUGACUUGUAGUCACAGAGCUCCGGAUGCCCACAGAUGGCCACAAUGAGUUUGUCCUCCAUUUCUGAUUCCCUCUGACAUUAGGAGAAGCUGCUCGUUCAUUAUGUCCGAUCAGUGUAUCACUUGAGAUGCAUUCUGAUGCCUCAUGUGAACAGUCUAAAGGUCCAGACACACCAAACCGACCUCAGAGAACUGGCGGUGAUGAAGACCCCUGCUGCGUCGCCUGAUGAUGCCGUGUCUCGGGCAAAAAGUUACUCAUGAACACACCACAAAGAUGACAACUGACGGCCAACCAGCAUGUCUGCUCUGCUUCCACUGAGAGGAAAUAACUCUCCACAGCAGCAGAAGGCGGUUGUCUGUAUUCAUCACUCCAAAAGGGAAAAAGGAAGAGCGUUUUGAUUCGAGUUAGCCAGUUAGCACAUUAACAACACAAUCAGACAUGCAGGAAAGGGCCACGGGCCAGAACCAAAUUUGUGGCCAUUGCAGCAAGGACACAGCCCCCGUACAUGGGGCGCCUGCUCCACCAGGUGAGCCAUUGGGCACCCCAGUGUAACGCUACAUUAACAGAGAAUUGACCUCACAGAUAACAACAAGCUUGCAAUGUGUAUGGUGAUAAGAGCACCACACUUAACAGCAACAUCUGUGGUGUUUGCUGGCAGAUCUGCUCCCAAAAAUGGGCUCUGAAAAAAGAUGCUGGGUGUGGCGCUUUGUCUCUAGGGGGCUACAUGCAGUCACAUAUGCUGUUUCCUUAUUGGGAACAAUUAAAACAAAGUCUCAAUCAUACAUUAUGAGUCUUCAUGAGUUAACUCUGUGGUGUCUGAAUUAAAGUGAUGUUAUCCAGCUCAUAUUACUCAGCACAUUUUUCUAAAGAAUGGACUAACUUUGAUAUUUGUACUAUAUAUAACGGGUUCAUCACUAAAAUUCAGAGUUAUUACAUUCUGCAACACUAUCACCAUCUAGGAUUUAAUAUUUGAUCAGAUUAAUGGAAGUAUUUAACCGUCUGUUUUACUGUCAGCAGCUCUGAAUGUCACAUAAUGAAGAAUCUGAUUUAACACGAACGAUGUUGUGAAUUAUAAUUGUUGGUGAACUCUGAGCUUUCAGGAUGUUUUGUUUGUAUUUAUAUAUGAUUAUAAUCAGGAUUAAUGGAUCAUGCUGAUGUAUGGAAGUUUGUGUAAAACUCAGUACUGAAUUCAGUAGAAUCAGGAAGCACCCACCUGAGGUAAACAAACAAACAAAAGUUUCAGUCAAAGGAAUUAAUCAUUAUAUCAUUCUUUCCUGGAAUGGACGGUAAUGUCAGAUAAGAUUAAUUAUUUAUUUCUCUUAGAGCAGUUGAUUAGCCCCAGAGCCACAUGUGGCUCUUUGGGUGACAAAAGAAUCAUACAAAAUGAAUAAUGCUUUGUUGUUGUUGUUGUUUUUCAUAUUUUAAUUUUUAUUAUUUAUAUUUGUUGUAGGCCAAAAGAAAUUCUUACAUUUGGGGUGAGAAAUAAAUAUUUUGAUAGUAAAG